AUGGCCUACCGCCUCAUCACCCAAGUCGUCUUCGUCGGCACCCGCAUCGUCGGCCGCUCCUUCGCCGCAGCCUACAAGCAAGCGCAGGCCUCCUCCGAGUACGCCCGCGCGCAAGCCAAGAACGGCAACGCACCCGCCGGCACGAAGGGCGGCGCCGGCUCCGGCGGCUCGGGCAUGACCCUCGACGAGGCGUGCAAGAUUCUCAACGUCGAGGCACCCGGCAAAAACGGCGCGGACGCCAACGUAGGAGAGGCCAUGGAGCGCUUCAAGAAGCUGUUUGACGUCAACGAUCCCAAAAAGGGCGGCAGCUUCUACCUGCAGAGCAAAGUGCUUCGGGCGAGGGAGAGGUUGGAGAAGGAGAUUGGGCCGCUGGUGGAGAAGGAGGAGAUUGAGGCGGAGGUGAAGGAGGGGUUUAAGCCCAAGAUUUACAAGGACCGGUGA